CGAAAAAUCCUCAACGCGAAGCUGCCGAACUCCGAGGUUACUGUUCUGGUUGACUUAGGUUGAUAUCAACGUCCCAUUGAGCCCCGUUGCGAGCUUGAAACUCUCUACCAUGGCCGGCCGGAGUGUUUCGCCCGGGGCGGCACUCUUGAGAUCAUCUCGGAUGUUCUCAAUACCUGCCCCAAUACCUGUUCCUCCCGGCGACCACGCUGCAGCAACUAGGUUCUACUCUCCGACUGCGACGAUUGCUUAUCCUACACAUCUUACGGUUACGACAACCUCAUCGUCGCGGGUAAACGGUGAUUGGGGUUUCAAGCGACCAUUCCCAGCAAAGACUACGACAAAAACUACCUAUCCUCUUAUAAGGGUCAGACAAGUUGACUCUGCCGAACAUGUCACAGACUUCCAAUCCGCAUCGGACCAUGCGAUCACUCUGCGAAAGUACCAGGAAAUGCACCUACCGAUAUCACUGCCAUCCGGGAACUCUCGUGACAGUUUCUCUCAAAGCACAACUCCAAAAUCGGUUUUCGAAGAAGCCGGCGACGUAACUGCGCUGAAUGAAGAGCAGAAGAUAGAAUUAGCCAACAAGAGGUGGAAAUUCUCGGGUCCAUGGCUUGCUGGUAUGACAGAUGGCGAUUUUAAUAGAUAUCUUGAGAAGACGGCGCGAGGAAAGCGCUCGGAAUUCCGCGCCUUUUUGAGGAAGACACUUGCGGCCGAGAUAACGGCAAGCCAAGCGCAGAAAGCUAUCGAAGCGGGUGAAAACGAAGAACCGUCUAAGGUCACCGCUAGUGACAUCACAGAUACCCAAUUCACGGACUACUUGAGGGAGCUAAGGGAUGACCGUAUGGCCUUGUACAACCUCGUCAGCCGUUUCUUGGAUCUUGCUCCGAUCGACUUGGGUAUCGAGUAUAACUACAUCAGCAGGCUCACCCCAGGGAAGGAACGGGUCCUUGAACGUGGCAGUCCGUAUGGUGCUAAUGGUCCCCCGAUUACGCAUCCCUCCGCUGGUAUUUCUUAUCUCCGUACGAGGAAUUUCCAGGAGAACCAUCCGAUUUACGGGCCUCAGCAAUACCAUGCACCUGUUAAGGGUAGAGUAGUCAAGCCCUCGGGCGGGGGUAACUUCUGGCCUAGCAUUGGUGUGGCGGGUUUCAUCGCCAGUACGCCAAGCGGAGACUCAGUAUUCAACGCGAAGGCGCAGAGAUUGCAGGGCAAGUUCAAGAAGACCCUGCACCAGAUCGACCUCGCCAACAGUGGUGGAUCUAAGAUUUACGUUGAUCCCUAUGCCGCUACGGUCGAUUCCUACGGUAGAGUCUGCAUCAAUAUCGGGGAGGCUAACCCUGUGGCUGAGGUCAUUCAGAAGGAACUUGGAGGUGAGGCUACGGUGCUCGAGGAUGAGCUUAGGGCUAUGGAAGUCCCUGAGGUGCCGAGGAACACGAAUACGCCUAGAAGCUUUAGUUCCCGGCCGGGACACCGGGUUUCGGGGAGUGCGAGUAGUUAUGGUUUAGGAAUUGGUAGGCAUGCGCAUGCAAGGAGAACCAGAGAACAUUGAAUAAUCUCCUGAGAUACAUCCUUGAGGAGGGCUCACGUACCAUAAGGUAGAGUCUUUGGUGGGUGCUAUGUAGAAUAUCUGUACAUAUUAGAUAGGAGGUAUCCUUUCUCUAUAUAUCACGAGAGUAACUCCAAGAAAUUAGCACUCGCACAUGCAUUGAUCUUUCUUUAUGCUGUAUGCCCGUGUUCUAUCGCCCAAGUUGAUGGUACAUAGGUACUUGUAUGCUAAUGGAUGCACGGAC